GCAGCAGCACUGGUGUGUGAGCCUCUCCUCUGUGUGUGUGUGUGGUUGAUUUCAUCAGCCUGUUGGUAUAAAAGUGUGUUUAGUUCAGAGCAGAAGCACUGGUGUGUGAGCCUCUCCUCUUCAGGCUCAGUAGAAUGGCCCUCAUCAGGAUCCUGAUUGCUGGGGGGCUGCUGAGCUGCCUCUACUCUCUCUGCUCCUCCACAGGAAUACCAGAGCCAAAUAUGGUGAGACAGAAUUUCCACCAGGAAAGCGAGGCAGCCAUCAACCGUCAUAUCAACCUGGAGCUGUAUGCCUCCUAUGUCUACCUUUCCAUGGGAUACUACUUUGACAGGGAUGACCAGGCCUUGCAUAAUUUUGCCAAGUUUUUUCGCGACCAGUCUCACGAGAAGCUUGAACAUGCUGAGAAACUCAUGAAACUACAGAACCAGAGGGGAGGCAGGAUCCUCCUGCAGGACAUCAGGAAGCCUGAAAGGGAUGAGUGGGGAAGUGGAGUGGAGGCACUGGAAUGUGCCCUCCAGCUGGAGAAGAGUGUCAACCAGUCCCUGCUGGACCUCCACAAGGUCGCUUCCGACCACGUUGAUCCUCACAUGUGUGAUUUCAUCGAGACACACUACCUGAACGAGCAUGUGAAGUCCAUCAAGGAGCUGGCAGACUGGGUGACCAACCUGCGCCGCAUGGGUGCCCCCCAGAACGGCAUGGCCGAGUACCUGUUUGACAAGCACACGCUGGGCAAAGAGAGCAGCUAAACCUCCCUCCUCCCAACCCCCAGUCACCACUUCCACCCGGCUGCAUUUAUCUCUUUAGCUCAAGCUCUUCGGUCAUCUGCUGUUAAGACCAGUCAGUUGGCCCCUAUCAACAUUCUGCUUGCUCUUCUCCACCAUGCUGUUCCAAAACCACCGUUCCCAUAAGCCAUAGAUCUUAUCAUUGUUGUUGCUUGUCUUCAGUGGUUGACGCUCCUGUCCUUGGCCUUUGUUGUGUUUUAUUACUGAUCAAACCAAAUAAAGGGAUUCUGAAUGUC